AUGGCCGACCUCCGUCACUCGACCGACGGGCCUUCCCCGCUCUCAGAAGAAGGCUACGAUGAAUCGCUCCUCCCAGACUUCUACCGCGAAUUCAUCAGCGAGACCGACCUGGAAGCCUUCGCCGCAGCACUCUCCGCUCCGGACCCCUCGCCCUUGACUGACGACCUGACGUCUUCCUCGCGCAACAGCAGCUUGUUCAUCACGGCGCAGAGCGAUUGGGCGCCCGUGCAUCCGACCAGCCGGCUCGCGGGAAAGGGCAAGCGUCGGGGAGGCGAGCGGAAGAAGAGAAGGGGACCGCAGAGGCGGAGCAGAGAUGAGACGCGGGAGGGCUAUCUGUACACGCUGCUGAAAUGGCCGCUGCUAGCGAUUGUAGGGGCGUGGGUGGUCGGGCUGGCGGUGACCUAUCUGUUGACGAGGCUGUAUAUCUCGUUGUAUGAACAUUUCAUCGCCUGGAGAGGGAAGCGGGAACAGUUGCGCCGGAAGUUACAAGCCACGGCGAAUUAUGCGGACUGGGUGGAGGCAGCGAAGGAAUUGGAUACCUUUCUCGGGAAUGAUAAGUGGAAGGCGGAAGACGAAUAUGCAUAUUACGACCACAAGACUGUGAAAAGAGUCCUGGAGCAAAUCCGCAAAUGCAGGAGGAAGAUUGAAGAAGAGGGGGAAAAGACGGUUGCAAAUGGGGCUUCAGCGCCUUCGAAAUCGAUCGAGGAGUUGAAGGCUCUGAUUGAGGCUUGUGUAAAGAACAAUUUCGUGGGGGUGGAGAACUCGAGGUUAUAUUCGCAGACAUAUUAUGGGACGAAAAACCUGGUGCAGCAGUUUAUUGAUGAAGUCGAGAGGGGCCUCACAUUGCUCGCGGAUACCAAUCAAAUCGGGAUGGAGGAGAAACGAACAUUGUUCAAGCGGAUGCAUGCCAACUAUGGACGAGUAGCAUUAUGCUUGUCUGGCGGAGCUUCGUUUGCAUAUUACCAUUUCGGUGUUAUAAAGGCCUUGCUCGACGCCAACCUUCUUCCAGACGUGAUCACUGGCACUUCUGGCGGAGCGCUUGUAGCGGCCUUAGCAGCUACCCGCACGAAUGAUGAACUGAAAGCGCUCCUUGUUCCUGCACUCGCAGGCCGUCUCAAGGCCUGCUCGGAGCCUUUCAGUGUAUGGUUUCCGAGAUGGUGGAAGACCGGUGCCAGAUUUGACUCGGUAGACUGGGCUAGGAAGUGUAGCUGGUUUACGAGAGGAAGCAUGACCUUCCGCGAGGCGUAUGAGCGUACGGGCAGGAUCCUCAAUAUCUCGUGCAUCCCAGCAGAUCCACAUUCCCCGACCAUACUCACCAACUACUUAACUAGCCCGGAUUGUGUCAUCUGGUCUGCGGUUCUUGCCUCUGCUGCCGUCCCUGGAAUCCAGAAUCCUGUGGUGCUAAUGAUGAAGACCCGCGAAGGCAACCUGGUUCCGUAUUCCUUCGGCCACAAAUGGAAAGAUGGCAGUCUCCGAACAGACAUACCUAUCAAGGCUCUGAACCUCCACUUCAACGUCAACUUCAGCAUCGUCAGCCAGGUCAAUCCCCACAUCAACCUCUUCUUCUUCUCCUCCCGCGGCUCCGUCGGCCAACCCGUCACCCACCGGCGCGGGCGCGGCUGGCGUGGAGGCUUCCUCGGCAGCGCCACCGAGCAAUACAUCAAGCUCGACCUCAACAAAUGGCUCAAGGUCCUACGGCACCUGGAGCUGCUCCCGCGGCCGCUGGGCCAGGACUGGAGCGAGAUCUGGCUGCAGACCUUCUCGGGCACGAUCACGGUCUGGCCGCGCACCAUCCCGUCGGAUUUCUGGCGCAUCCUCAGCGACCCGGACCCGAAGCAGCUGAGCCGCAUGCUGCACAUGGGCCAGCAGAGCGCCUUCUCGAUCCUCAAGUUCCUGGAGAACCGCAUGAAGGUCGAGCGCGUGAUUGAGCGGGGCAGGCGGCAGACGAGGGUCCGAAGGGACUCGCUGGAUAGUAUCAUGAGCGAGGCUGAGAGAAGCAGGUUGUUGAAAGGGAGCGGGAUGAAAUCCGGCACGGACUCGGGGACGGAGGAGUCGGAUGCUGUUACGACGGGGGAUGAUUAA